AUGAACCAGAAGUUUGAGAAGUUGGACUUGCAGACGGACCAGCGCUGCCAGCCUCUGGUCUACACCGUGGAGGAGCUGGAGUGCAAGAUUUGCUAUAACCGCUACGACACGCGCACCCGCAAGCCCAAGGUGCUGGGCUGCCUCCACCGCGUCUGCGCCAAAUGCCUGAAGAAGAUUGUGGAGAACUCGUCCCCCAGCAUCGUCAGCUGCCCCUUCUGCCGCCACGAGACGCACGUGCCCUACGAGGAGAUCUGGCUGCUGCAGGACGACAGCAACAUCCUGGCCAUCCUCACCUAUCAGGACCGGGCCAGGAAGAGUGGUGGUUCCAUCACCCCUGGCGGGGAGGUACUGCUCACCCCAAGCAGCCUGAGCGGGAGCGGAGGUGGAGGGGACGGCUGUGGUGGUGAUUCUGGGGGUGACUGCGUCACAACCGGCGAGCAGUCGCAUAGCUCCUCCGACUGCCUGGUCAUCACCAUCAUGGAGGUGCCGGGCGAAUCGCAGUCAUCGGACUCCAUGAGCAUGCUCAAUAUGGUGCGCCUGUACCGGCCCGCAAGCCUGGCCUCGCAGCCCUGCAACAUGCCCUUGCAGAAGUGCGGGGCUUGGACCUCGCGCAACUUUCCCAGCUUCCUAAUCGGUGUCCUGUGUCUGGUCUUCUUCUCAUCGCUGCCGCUGGGCAUCUACCUGCUGAUGAUCCAGCAGCUCACCCUGGGCGUCAUCCUGGUCAGCCUGGUGCCCUCCACCCUAGUUCUGUGUGUGUUCUAUGGCUUCUGUCAAUGCCUUUGCCAUGAGAUCAUGCAGUCAAUAGCUACAUAG